UUUGUACGAAAGAAUAAAUAUUUUAUGUAACAAAAAAAGCAAAGUAUAUGACAUUUUUAUGCUUAUUAUAUUUCAUCUUACCAAAAAUAGUUGAAGCAAACCUAGAGAGUAAAAACUUCUUCCCCUUCUCAAACUAGAUAGAUAGCCUAGCUAAAAACCAAUGGCAGCCCAAAAAAAAUUUAGUAAAGGUGGUGGUUGUUGUGGUGUAAUUACCACCGUAGCCAUAAGCGCUAUCUUAUUUUGGUUUCUCAUAAUUAGGACCUCAAAACCCGUUUGUUCCAUCGAGGAAUUUGACAUUUUUUCCCUUACAAACAGUACCAAUAAUGUCAUCCAUCAUAAUAAUACUAGCCACUACAACAACACUAUCUCUUACGACCUAAAGCUUAAUAAUAAAAAUCAUAACAAGGGAAUUUUCUAUGAUGCCGUUGAUGUCACGUUUUAUUACAAGUCUAAGAGUUAUUCUAUUAGAAAUGACACUUUCCCGCCCUUCUACCAAGGUCGUCUUAAGAGUACUCAUCGUUAUGGGAAGUUUGAUGUAAGAGGGGUAAAAUGGGAAAAUGAGACUGCACCGGUGAUGUUUAAGGUGGAGUUAAAGACCGCGGUGAGGUUCAAGAACACAAUUUGGAAGACACACCGUCAUCAAGUGGUGGUAGAAGCUGACUUGAAAGUCAACAGUGAGGGUAGUUUGAUCAAGGGGAAGGGCAAUAAAGGAAUUGUCCUUAGGUCAAAGGCUGAAAAGAAUAAGGGUCGUUAUGAGCUGGUGGGUAUUUUGGGCAUUUUGAUUUUUAUUAUUUAUUCUUGGUAAUUUGGAAUUUUGGAUUUAUCAGUCAUAUAUUCAUAUUAUAGAUUUUCCCUCCCUUUUCUCAUUUUGUUUGGCGGAUAAGGAGCUACUAGAGGACGGGAUCCAAUUUCGGCCAUCAGCUAUCUUACUUAAAUUUUUUAAAAACUAAAUUUGUUGAUAUUCACUACACAAUCACUUUUUUUUAUUUCAUAGUGUGAUGAUAGUAGAUAGUGUAUUUGCGUGUGUUUUUUUUUAAUGUAAGAAAAAUAAUCAUUAUAAUGUCCUCGAUUGUGAGAGGAUUAAUUUAAUUGUGGGUUAUACUCUGUAUGUCUAACCAAUUUUAUGAAAUAAUUUGAUGAAAUUGUUUACAGCAA